UCUUCAUCCUUUAAGAGGACUCUCCCAUCAGGGCAAGACUAUUUGUGACUUUGUGAGAGAACUGGAGAGGGAUCGUACUCUCUUUUUCUCUCUCUAAAAGCCCUUUCCUUUCUCCAUCUUCUUUCUCUCGAAUCCCUCGCGAGAGCAUUUGUGGUGGCAUUGAAGUGCUUUAAUCAUGUUUGGGCGUGCUCCUAAGAAGAGUGAUAACAGCAAAUACUACGAGAUUCUCGGUGUUCCAAAAAGUGCAAGUCAAGAUGAACUAAAAAAGGCAUAUAGAAAAGCUGCCAUAAAAAAUCAUCCUGACAAAGGUGGAGACCCCGAGAAGUUCAAGGAAUUGGCUCAAGCUUAUGAAGUUCUUAGUGAUCCAGAGAAAAGAGAGAUUUAUGAUCAAUAUGGUGAAGAUGCCCUUAAAGAGGGAAUGGGAGGAGGAGGUGGCGCCUCUCAUAAUCCAUUUGAUAUAUUUGAAUCAUUUUUUGGUGGAGCAGCUUUUGGUGGUGGUGGCAGUACGAGAGGUAGAAAGAAACAAGGUGAAGAUGUAGUGCAUACUCUAAAGGCAUCUUUGGAAGAAUUGUACAAUGGUACAACGAAGAAACUCUCCCUUUCGAGGAGCAUCUUGUGCAAAAAAUGUAAAGGGAAAGGUUCAAAGAGUGGGAUAUCUGGGAGUUGUUAUGGAUGCCAUGGUACUGGUAUGAAGAUCUCAACAAGACAGAUUGGACCAGGCAUGAUUCAACAGAUGCAACACGUCUGCCCCGAAUGCAGAGGCUCAGGCGAGGUCAUUAGUGAGAGAGAUAGAUGCCAACAAUGCAAAGGGAACAAGGUUAGCCAGGAAAAGAAAGUGUUGGAGGUGCAUGUUGAAAAAGGGAUGCAGCACGGACAGAGGAUUGUGUUCCAGGGACAAGCUGAUGAAGCUCCUGAUACCGUUACAGGAGAUAUUGUCUUUGUGGUGCAACAGAAGGAUAAUCCCAAGUUCAAACGGAAGUUUGACGAUCUCCAUAUAGAACACACCCUCAGUUUAGCAGAGGCUCUUUGUGGGUUUCAGUUUGCUUUGACUCAUCUUGACGGCAGGCAGCUUUUAAUCAAAUCGAACCCUGGCGAGAUCAUCAAGCCUGAUAUGUACAAGGCUAUCAAUGACGAGGGAAUGCCACAACACCAGAGGCCCUUCAUUAAAGGCAGGCUUAUCAUCCAUUUUGAUGUGGAAUUCCCAGAGACUGGGUUUCUUUCACCUGAGAAAUGCCAGGCUUUAGAGACAGUUUUACCAAGGCCAAACAAGCAGUCAUCAUAUAUGGAUUUGGAUGAGUGUGAGGAAACCACUUUGCUCGAUGUCAACAUUGAGGAUGAGCUGAGGCGGAAGGAGCAGCAACGACAGCAGGAGGCUUAUGAUGAAGAUGACGAUGACGACGACGAGCCACAUAUGCGUAGAAUGGCAUGUAACCAGCAAUAAGGCUUGAAUUGUUUUAUUGCUUGCCAUUGUUGCUGUUUUAGCUUAUUUAUGUGCUAGAAUGCACUGUCCUGUUUGUGAUAGAAGGUACCUAUGCCUUUUGUUAUAAGUUUGCUUUUAGGGUUCAAGUUUUUUUUUUUUUCUUUUUUUUUCAUCUGCAUGUUAUUUCUUCUUUAUAUUUCCUAAUACCUUCUUGGAGUUGAAUUAGUGUGUUCUAUUAUAUUAUUCAUUAUAUUAUAGUAUAUUUCUCUCU